GAUAUUUGAUUGAUAUUGUGAUUGUGAAAAUGAAAGUGGAAAUAUUGGAAAUAAUACAGUAAAUCUGGCAGUGUUGUAGGAAUUUAUUCCUAUUUAAUUUUCCACUUCGAUUUGGAUUUCUACAAAUUUUAUAACUGUAUCUACCUUAUUACCGCUACCACAAUAUAAACUAGAUUUCCUAUCGGAUUACUCGGAAAAUAUUUGUCAAAUUGCAAUCACCUGUAGUUUUAUCGUUCAAAUCGUUCUGUGAUAUUAAAGGUGUAGGUUUAGAGAUUUAUCGCAAACACAGAUUACCCCUAAUAUAUGUAUUUAUUUUCCAAUAAGUGACAGUUGCAUUUGUAAAGAUGAUGAAAACAAUAUCUCGUCUCAACCUUCUGCCGAGACUGUCCAAGUCGUUCUGCACAUCAGCUGGGACUGUGGUUGAUAAGAAACCGAAGACAGGCAUCGUUAUGUUGAACAUGGGUGGUCCUGAGACCACAGACCAGGUGAAGGACUACCUGCUCCGCAUCAUGACAGACCGCGAUAUGAUCCAGUUGCCAGUCCAAAGCAAGCUCGGGCCCUGGAUAGCCAACAGGAGGACCGAGGAGGUCCAGAAGAAGUACUCCGAGAUAGGUGGGGGUUCCCCCAUUCUGAAGUGGACUAAUACACAGGGUAGAAUGCUGACAGACGCCCUGGACGACAUGCGGCCGGAGUCCGCCCCUCACAAGCACUACGUGGCGUUCAGAUAUGUCCCCCCAUUUACUGGGGAUGCCUUCACGCAAUUGGAGCAAGACGGCGUGGAACGCGCGGUCAUAUUCUCGCAGUACCCACAGUACAGUUGUGCUACCACCGGCUCCAGUAUGAAUGCGAUCGCGGAUUUCUAUAAAAAGAGAAGAGUCCCAUCGAACGUGAAAUUUAGCUUGAUAGAUCGAUGGCCGACCCAUCCUCUAUUGGCGCAGGUGUUCGCGGAGAGGAUCAAGGAGAAACUGGACAAGUUCGAUUCCAAAGUGAGGGACAACGUCGUCAUAUUGUUCACUGCACACAGUCUGCCGCUUAAGGCCGUAUCAAGGGGCGACACGUAUCCGCACGAAGUUGCCGCAACAGUUGCAGCAACAAUGGCGGCGUUGCAGGUCCCCAACCCGCAUCGUCUGGUGUGGCAGUCCAAGGUGGGGCCGCUGCCGUGGCUGCAGCCUUACACCGACGACGCUAUUAAGGCUUACGCGAAGCAAGGCCGCAGGCACCUGGUACUGGUGCCGAUAGCUUUCGUCAACGAACACAUUGAGACGUUACACGAGUUAGACAUUGAGUACUGCUCCGAAGUGGCACACGAGGCAGGCAUAGAGCAAAUAGAACGGGUGGCGACCCCUAACGACCACCCGACGUUCAUAGCGGCGCUGGCGGACGUGGUGGCGCAGCAUCUGCAGCACGGGCCUAGCCUCUCCAACCAGUUCCUCACAAGGUGUCCCCAUUGCGUAAGCCAGAGGUGCGAGGCGUCCAAGCAAUUUUUUUGGCGGCUUGUCAAUAAAUAAAUUAUAAUAAUAA